CACCUUUACAUCUUUUCUGUCAUAUACCACAUCUCAUAUUGAGUCACUCAUCAUGCAUGAUUACCUUGGCCAUCCUCUGGGGCUAGUGGGUUGGUUUGCUCGGACGAUCCAAGCCAUCAGCUCGAUCAUCGUCCUGGGAAUUACAGCCUGGGCUGUGAGUGAGGACAACAAGACUCUCAGUGUUAUUUUCUCACUUGUCAUUGCUACAACGAGUCUGGUCGUCAUAGCUGUAGCUGUAGGCAUCAGCUGCUUAGCACGUCGGGCCAAGUGGCACAUUAUCCCACUAUUUGUCACCGAUGCAAUCAUAUCCUACCUGUGGCUCACCUCGUUCAUCCUGCUCGCUCUGAACUUCAACCGCAGGACCUGUCGCGUGAACCGCUGGAUUGGAGAAGUAUCUUGCUCCCGAAGCUAUACUGCCGAGGCAUUUAGUUUCAUUGCAUUUUUCACUACUCUCAUGGGCCUAUUUUUGGAGACCGCCUACAUUUACUGGGCGAAGCCUGAUAGUGUGCCCGGAACGGAAAAACGGCUACAUCAAGAACGCCUUUCUGAAAACCUCAAUGCGGCUGGCCUGACAUAAGGGCUGUUUUACAAGUGCCUAUCGGUGAAAUCUCGUGCAGCGGCUGUCCGACACCACUUCCUCAUGAUAUUUUU